AUGGUGUGGACUAAUGGCUUUGAAUUUUUACAUGAUCUUGCUAACAGACCGACAGACAGGCAGACAGGAGUGAAUACAUCCUCCUUGGCGGAGGUAACAGAUGUAAAUCAAUAUAAAAACUACCUGAAGGCAUUGCCAUCCAAUAGUAAAGUAAAUAGUAAACUGAAUUACUAUCGAUUUGGUCUUCAAGGUAAGAACUGCUUCUUAAAUACAACACGAUCGUUUUUAAACCGUGACGUCAGCUGUUAUGUUGAUGAAAUUUUAAGCCCAUUUCGGAAAGAUUCAUUUAGAAAGAAGCAGGCACCAAAGGCUCACGCAUGCACAGUAGGCCUUGCGCCUGCUACGUUCAAUGGACAGAUGGUUCUUUUAGGCCUACUCAUUAACCAAAUUUUACUUUUUCAUUAUGCAAGUACAGAUAAUGUUGAUUUCUGUCGUAAUGGCUGGAUAAGUCGCCAGGAUGCAUGCUACUUGUUUGAAACCUCUCACUCCGAGUGGAAUGAGGCAGUUGCACAUUGCAGGUUGCAGGACUCUGAGUUGAUAUCGUUGACCGAUAAAGCGGAACAGCUGUUCGUUGAAGCUGUCAUAAAGCGGGCGUGGAUUGGCAUGAACCCUCCUUCAACUGAACUGUGGACAGAUAACAUUAACGCCAACUAUACCAAUUGGCUAAGUGGUGAGCCCGAUGGAAAAGGUUGUGGCAAAACGUGUCUGAAUGCAAAUUGUGUAACAGUACGAGACGAUGGGCUAUGGUCUGAUCAACUAUGUAAUUCUUAUUUUAGAUGGCUAUGCAAAAAAGAAGGUCCCGAUUGCGAAUACGGUUGGCACAACUUCUCAGGGAAGUGUUAUUACUAUUCAACGAAUGAAUUAAAAACAUGGGACGAUGCGAAUGAUUGGUGUAGACAACAUGCGUCGUCUCUUUCAAGUAUUCUCGACCAAUCAGAGCAAAUGUUUAUUAAUGAUCUAAUUUAUCGAAAUGGUAAAUAUUGGAUUGGAUAUUCUGACAUGCUACUGUCGUUGCUGACAAAAAGCAGAAUUUACGACCAAAGCACAGGUAUAUCUUUCUGA